ACUUCAACUGCAUUGAUCAAGUCUCACUUACAACAAAACCCAAACCAGCUUACUGAACGUCACCACUCCCCUAGCGCUUCCACAAAAUCAGCACACUAGCCAAAAUGGACGCGAUCACCCAGGCCAUUCUCAACCGCUCCAAGCUGGAGGUGGAACACAUCAAGAUUUCCCAGCCCACGGCUGACACCUUCGUCAUGGGAAUUGUAAGCAGGGUCACAGGAACCGGACCCAUGGGCGCGACCAUGGCACCGAUGACCGUCGAUAUGAUGUUCAACGGAGGCUGCUUCGGCAAGCUGGAUCUUCCCGAGGUCAAGACCAAGUCUGGAGGUACGGAAGUUGUCGUCAAGGACCAGCUCAUCAAGAUUCUCGACCGCAAUGCUUUCAUGGCGUUCGUCAAAGCCAUCAUGUGCGACGAAAACCUGGUGCUGCGACUCGACAACGGCGACUGCACAAUCAAGGCGCUUGGCUUAUCAGCCAAGGUCAAGUACGCAAAGGACGUGCCCAUCAUUGGGAUGGGUGGCCCCAAGAUCGCGCAGGUUAACUCUCAAGAGCGUGGCGGUGGUUUCGUCAACACUAUGAAGGUGUACAACCCCAGUCCGUUGGAAAUUGACCACGGCAUCAGCAAGUUCGAGCUCCGAAGCGAGAGCGGCGAAGUACUGGCAGAGCUCGAGGGUGACCUGAAGAUUGUGAAAGGCGACUUUGAAAGCACAUUGCAGGGCACGCUCAAGAAGGGCGCCAAGGCAUCGGAUAAGGCGAGAAUGGUCGGUACCGGAACAAAGGAGUCCAACUGGUGCAACGACACGAUCAAGUUUAUCAACUGCCAAUUCUCGGUAUCGCCGCAGUUUGCGCAGAUGCUGUAGAGAGUUGGGAGCGAGGUGAUGACAAGGUAGCUGUUCAUAUGUUAUGACGAAUGAGAAUAUGACCAUGUUCGCAAACA